GCGUCUAGCCUGGACAACUUCAUCAUUCGGAGAGCCAAAGCAAAAGCCACAAUACUUCCUCUGCUCAUCUGUUGCGUUCUUCUUUAGUUUUGUCAACUGUUUAGCUGCAACCGGUUGUUGGAUCGAUCAUGGAGGAUGAGAGAAACACCCAGUCGCACCAGGCCGCCGAUCAGGUGGAGGUAACAGAUAGGGGCCUCUUCGACAAGUUCAUCGGUAAGAAGAAGGAAGAGGAGGACAAGAAGCAGGAGGAGGUGCUGGUCACCGGCAUGGAGAAGGUCUCCGUGGAAGAGCCCGAGGUGAAGGAGGAGGAAGUACACCAGGAUGGAGAGAAGAAGGAGAGCCUCUUCACGAAGCUGCAGCGAUCCAGCUCCAGCUCCAGCUCGUCAAGUGACGAGGAAGAGGAGGUGAUCGACGACAACGGUGAGGUGAUCAAGAGGAAGAAGAAGAAAGGGCUCAAGGAGAAGAUCAAGGAGAAGCUGCCCGGCCACAAGGACACCGAGGGCGAGCACAAGACUGCCGCACCCACACCGGGGCCGCCCGUGCCUAGCCACCAUGAUGAUGACGGAGCCGUCGUCGUCGAGAAGAUCGAUGGUGAAGUCAAGACAGAGGCGCCACCGGCACCCGAGGAGGAAAAGAAAGGUUUCUUGGAGAAGAUCAAGGAGAAGCUGCCUGGCGGCCACAAGAAGCCGGAAGACACUGCUGCGGUGCCAGUCACACAUGGUGCCCCAGCACCGGUGCACACGCCGGGGCCGGCAGCCACCGAGGAGGUGAGCAGCCCGGAGAAGAAGGGCAUACUAGGCAAGAUCAUGGACAAGCUGCCUGGUUACCACAAGACACCUGGGGAGGAGGACAAGGCCGCCGCCGGCGAGCACAAGACCACCGCUUAAUCGGAGCCGUAGUCUGGAUCGAGACUUGGGACCGGACCUUGGUUGAAGUGUUUCGCCGUGUUGUGUUCUGUUUUGCAUUUUAUGUUCGUGUCAGGGUUGAAAGGGUUGAUCGUCUUGAACGUCUGGUCUGUAAAGCCCGUAAAAGGUGCAGUGAUGGUUGUUUGUGUUUAGUUUGGGCACGAGCUUCAGUUUGGUCAAGAUGCGUUUGUGUAUUGGUUUAUUGCUAGGCAUUAUGCAUUGAUAUAUAUUAAUGAUUUCUGCCCAGUAUAUAUUAA